GUGUCAAAUGUAGGUGACACUGGCGGCGGGAGACACGUAACCUGAGCAUUGUUCUGGGCCUCAGUGAGGUUGGGGCACUGUGCCCUCCGCAAAAGGAGUGGGGCGGCGCUGCUGCUACUGUUGGUGCGGGAAAAAUCGCCGCCGCCGCCGCCAUCAUGGGAGAGAAAGCGAGUAACCAACUGCUCUGCGACAGCCUCAUCCUCUGGUUGCAGACAUUUAAUACUGCUGAAUCCUGCAAAGGUGUUCAAGACUUAACUAAUGGUGUUGCUAUGGCACAGGUUCUUCAUGAAGUUGAUGCUGCUUGGUUUAAUGAUGCUUGGCUAAGUCGUAUUAAAGAAGAUGUUGGUGACAAUUGGAGGAUAAAGGCCAGUAAUUUGAAGAAGGUUCUUCAGGGAAUUAUGGAUUAUUAUCAUGAGUUUUUGGGCCAGCAGAUUUCAGAAGAUCUCCUUCCUGAUUUAAGUCAGAUAUCUGAACAUUCAGAUCCUGUAGAACUAGGCAGGUUACUGCAGCUUAUUCUUGGCUGUGCUGUCAACUGUGAAAAGAAACAAGAACAUAUACAAGUUAUAAUGACACUAGAAGAGUCUGUCCAACAUGUUGUCAUGGCUGCAAUACAAGAGUUAAUGAGCAAAGAAAUGCCUGGCUUUGUUGCGAGUGACUCGUCUGGUGAUCUGGAGCAACAGCUGAAAAUAACAUUGGAAGAGCUUAAUGAAGUAAUAGCAGAAAAAGAAGAACUAAAGCAACGAUGUCAAGAGCUGGAUCUGCAGGUGGCUGCCCUUCAAGAGGAAAAAAGUAGUCUGAUGUCUGAAAAUGAGAUUAUGAAUGAUCGGUUGGACCAGCUGGAUGGCUCUCUUGAUGAUACCAAUACUGCAGUAACAAAAAAGUAUUUUCAUGCACAGUUACAACUGGAACAACUGCAGGAAGAAAACUUCAGGCUUGAAGCUGCAAAAGAUGAUUAUCGUGUUCACUGUGAAGAGCUGGAGAAACAACUGGUUGAGCUUCAACAUCGGAAUGAUGAACUGACCAGUCUGGCAGAAGAAUCCAGGGCCUUGAAAGAUGAAAUUGAUAUUCUGAGAAUGGUUGCAGAUAAGGCAAGUAAGCUGGAGUCAAAUGUUGAGGUGUACCGUAAAAAACUGGAGGAUCUGAAUGACUUUCGCAGACAAGUGAAAUCUCUGCAGGAAACAAAUAUGAUGUAUAUGCAUAAUACUGUUAGCCUAGAAGAAGAGCUAAAGAAAGCAAAUGCAGCCCGUGCACAGUUGGAAACAUAUAAAAGGCAGGUCCAAGAACUUCACAACAAAUUGUCUGAAGAAUCCAAAAGAGCUGAUACACAGGCAUUUGAACUGAAGCGAUUAGAAGAAAAGCAUGAAGCAUUACUUAAAGAGAGAGAGAGGUUGAUAGUACAGCGUGAUGCACUGAAAGAGACAAAUGAAGAACUUAGGUGUUCACAAAUGCAGCAGGAUCACCUCAGCCAAGCAGAUGCGUCUGUUGUGAAAAAUCAUGAAAAUCUUGCUGCCGAAAUUCUGCCUGUGGAAUAUAGAGAAAUGUUUAUUCGGCUACAGCAUGAAAACAAAAUGCUUCACUUGCAGCAGGAGGGGUCGGAAAACGAACAGAUUAUGGAACUUCAAAAGAAGCUAGAACAAAAGCAUCGGACAAUAAAUGAACUGGAAACAGAAAACAGACUGAGCAAGGAGCGUAUUGGAGAGCUUCAGCAGCAGAUUGAGGACCUUCAAAAGACCUUGCAAGAACAAGAAUCCAAGCCAGAAGGUGAAGGAUCAAGCAAGCUGAAGCAGAAGAUAGCAGCACAUAUGGAAAAGCUGAGUGAAGUCCAUGAUGAGUUGCAAAAAAAAGAGGCUCUUCUCGCAGACCUCCAACCAGAUCAAAAUCAAAAUGCAGCACAAAAAAUAGAAGAGUUGGAAGCAGCUUUGCUUAAAAAAGAUGAAGAUAUGAAAUCAAUGGAAGAGAGAUAUAAGAUGUACUUGGAAAAAGCAAGAAGUGUGAUAAGGACAUUGGACCCCAAAUUAAAUCCAGCAUCAGCUGAAAUCAUGUUGCUGAGAAAACAGCUCACUGAGAGAGACAAAAAAAUUGAAGUGCUUGAGGGGGAAUGUAAAAUGGCUAAGAUACGUGACCUUGAAGAAAAAUUAAUUGUGUCUGCGUGGUAUAACAAGAGCUUAGCAUUUCAUAAACUGGGCAUGGAAUCCAGACUGAUAAGUGGGAGUGGUGUCGACAGAGAUUCUAGUUCUCACCUCCCUGGGCGCUCUUUCCUUGCCCAGCAACGUCAUGUCACCAAUGCCCGAAGAAAUCUCUCUGUUAAAGUACCUGCUGCAGCAUCGGAUUAAAUCACCAAGGAUAUUUGUGCACUAAAGUGUCCUUAAAUUAUUUUGUAACUUCUGUUUGAAACUACCUGACAAAUGAAGAGGUUGUGAUGCUGGGCAUCAGUUAUUUUACAUGCGAGAGCCAUUUGUUAUGCUGGUAAAUUGAAUUUAGCCAGCUGAGUAUACAAAGCAGUGCAUAUUUGUCAACUGUUUUAAAUAGACUUGAGAUGCAUGCUCAUAAAUGCAGUUGUAAAGGAUUUAUAUCUGUCUUCAUAAUGUCUUGUAUAUGAAUUGCAAUGUUUUCAGUCUAAUUUGAUUUAUUGACAGCAAUUUUUAUAAAUGUCCUGUUCUACACAGAGAGUAUUUUUUCUGAGAUCCUUUUGUUUUAUAUUGAAAAAGGGAAAAAAACUGAAAAUCUAUUGCAGUAAUUUUUGACAUGAGUGGGUUUUGCCUCUAGGCAAAACAUAACAAAAAUGAUUUACUGACAUUUGACAGUAAGGCUGCAGUCUUAGGCACACUUACAGUGCAAUCCUAUGGAGAGUUACUCCAGUCUAAGGCUAUUGGCUACAGUGGGCUUAGACUGGAGUAACUCUGCAUAGGAUUGCACUGUUAGUUGGGGCUAAGGCUCGUCAUGGAACUUGGCUCAAACCUUUUUGAGCUUUCUUUCAAUAGGAUGAGUAUUAGGGUUUUGUAGAAACUACUUAAUCACAGUUUAGAGUAGACAGCAUAAAAAAAAACUUCCUGUUUUAUAAGUAUGAAUUCAGCAGAGCCAAAAUAGCUGUAUAUUGAAACUUAAUUCACCAUGUUGUUGUUUAUGCAAGAGUUUAGGCUCUUGCCUAAAAUAGAUUAUUGUAGCAUUUUUAAAGAUGCAAAAUCUAUUAUUCAAAUCAUUGUGAACCUUGUACCAUUUGUUAGUUUUGGAUCAUGUGAGCCAUUUAUAUGGUACAGGAAAGAUUCUAACCUUUGUGUGAAGACAGGGCAGUGUAGUCAUAGAGCUGUGCUCAAGUGGCCCCACAAAUUUUAUAGUUCAUGGCUUAAGGUAGCCUUUAUUUGAGAGAGGGGAGUGACAGCUAAGGAAUGAGCUUGGGGAUUGAGAGUUUUAAGUAAUUUGGCUGCAAAGGAUCUCUUAUUUCCAGCAAUUGGCAUGGUGGUUAGAAAGCUUCAGGCCAUUGGGUGGUGCAGGGGCUCUUUCCUUGUCAUGCAGAGUAACACAGUGUGAUCAACCACAGCAAGCGGUGCAGGGGGUGGAAGGUGCCAGAUGCAUUCUACUCCUAAGGGUUGAGUGUGCCUGGUCCCUGGUAUCUUUUGCACCAUGGUUACAUGCUGUAGGUUAGCUGAUUUGUGUUUGUACCCUUUUCAGACUAAAAGCUUCUUACAGUAGACUUUCCAGAAUAGCAAGAAUGUGCUGCUGCUGAUUUUAAAUCUUUAUAAAAUGUUCCCCAGUCUGAAAUAUUACUGUUGACAUAUUGAUAUAAUUUAAAUCACCAAAAUUAUACAAAACUAGUAGGGCAGGGCUCUUGCAAAGAACAAAAGCUCUCUCGGUGUAUCCAUGUGCAUCAAGCAACUGCUGGAGUGUUGCUUGCAAAAGGUCAUGCCAUGAUAAAACCCUGCCUGUAAAGUGAUACUGCACUUCUAGAAUCAAGGGUACAAUUAUGGGCAACCUGGUAUAGUUUCCAUAAGGCACAAAAAGGAAGUGUGGAUGCAAGUUCUUGGUUGGGGAGGGGAUGCUCGUUUUAAAGGCAGGCAAUGCUUAAAAACCCCUCAAACACCCAAUAUAAAGCUAACUAGAAUGGAAUGGUAUUUUUGUAGUUUUGUAAAUUAUACUAAUGCAGUUGUGAGAUUAAUUCAUUUCCCUGAAAUAAGAUAAGUUAUGUCACCUCGAUUUUGUUUGUGGUGGUGUUCUGGCCAAGCGCAGAAUUCAAACACUAUACUAAACUACAGUUUAGACUUUAUUAAACUUUGCAUUUAUUAAAUCUGACUUAACAUAUAUGUGGCAGUAAUUGCAGUAUUACAUGAUUUGGGUUUAGAUUUUACUUCUAAAAGUGUGAAAUAUGCUCUUACAAUCUGAUGACAUAUUACACUAAAAUACCAACAGUACAGUUGUGUUACUAAUUUGAAGUCUGUCAAGUUUCCAUGUUUCUGUUGACAACCGGUUGGGUUUUAAUGUCCCUUAUUAUUGUGCUGAACUUGCUGCAUUGUGUAUUGUCGAAGGCUUUCACGGCCGGAGAACGAUGGUUGUUGGGGGUUUUCCGGGCUGUAUUGCCGUGGUCUUGGCAUUGUAGUUCCUGACGUUUC